UUCAUUCAUUCACUCACUUUACUCAAAUCAAAUAAUCUUUCAGCAAUGCCGUUUGCUGAAAGUUUCCAUAUUUUGGCUUUAUUUGACUAAAUAUUAUCCGGAACAUCAUAGUUUGAUAACAACCACAGGGUUUAUUUUCAAUAUUAGUGCGCUAACUUCAGUUCAGGCUGCCAGGAAUAGGUUAUCCAAUUUCGGGGUCAUUGAAGUCAACAAACAAUACGUGAAAACAAUAAUUUUGCUUCUGUCUCGUGAAUUAAGCAGUUAUCAUGGGUGUCCCUAAGUUCUUCCGAUACACCAGUGAGCGGUACCCCUGCUUGAAUGAGCUGGUGAAGGCGUAUCAGAUACCAGACUUUGACAACAUGUAUUUGGACAUGAACGGCAUCAUACACAACUGCUCGCACCCGGACGACUCCAACCCGCACUUCCGGAUCACGGAGGAGAAGAUAUUCCAGGACAUCUUCCACUACCUCAGCAUCCUGUUCCAAAUCAUCAAGCCCAAGAAGCUGUUCUUCAUGGCCAUUGACGGAGUGGCUCCGAGGGCCAAGAUGAACCAGCAGCGAGGACGAAGGUUCAGGUCAGCCAGAGAGGCUGAAAAACUAGAAGAAGAAGCUAGGAAAAAAGGUGAAGUGUUGCCAUCAGAGAAGCGGUUUGACAGCAACUGCAUCACACCGGGCACGGUGUUCAUGGCGCGCCUGCACGAGCAACUCCGCUUCUUCGUGCAGCAGAAGAUCUCUACCGACCCGCUGUGGUCUAAAGUGAAAGUCAUUCUUUCUGGUCAUGAGACGCCAGGCGAAGGCGAGCACAAGAUCAUGGACUACAUCCGCUGGGCUCGCUCGCAGCCGGACUACGACCCGGACACGCGGCACUGCCUGUACGGGCUGGACGCCGAUCUUAUCAUGCUGGGCAUGUGCACGCACGAGCCGCACUUUGCGCUGUUGAGAGAAGAGGUAAAAUUCGGAAAGACAACCCAACGGGCCACCAGUCCUGAAGAGACGAACUUCUUCCUUCUUCAUCUAUCCCUUCUAAGGGAAUACCUAGAGCAAGAGUUCAUAUCCAUCAAAGACAACUUACCAUUCAAAUAUGACAUAGAGAAGGUUGUGGAUGACUGGGUGUUGAUGGGUUUUCUAGUCGGCAAUGACUUUAUACCUAAUUUGCCCAAUAUGCAUAUUAGUAAUGACGCUCUGCCUAUUUUAUAUAGCACCUAUAUGAAGGUUUUACCAAUGUUAGAUGGCUACAUAAACGAGGCGGGUGAAUUAAACCUGAAAAGGUUUGAAAUAUUCAUGCAAGAGCUUGCCAAGUUGGAUAAGGAAAAGUUUCAGGACACAUAUGCAGAUCUGAAAUACUUCGAGGCCAAGACCGGCAGACGGCCGAAUGCUAAUGAAAGGAAAGAGUAUAAACCCAACAACGACGACACAUUCAACGUGAACAUAGACGACAUUAAGGCGAACAAGCCCGACGAUGAACUACAGGCGCUCAUCGAUGCCACACACGAUAUGUUUAUUGAGGAUGUUGAUGGUGAUGAUGAAGAUUAUGAAGACAUAGAUAGUAGUGAUGAGGAAGCCAAUUUCAACAUGGAGUUCAAAUUACACAAGAAAGACUAUUAUAUGAAUAAGUUAGAUUAUUCCAAAGUAACAGAAGAAGUGCUAGCAUCCCAAGCCGAAGGCUACGUUCGAGCGAUACAGUGGAACCUGCACUACUACUACCACGGCUGUCCGUCGUGGUGCUGGUACUACCCCCACCAUUAUGCGCCUUACAUCUCGGAUAUUAAGGGCUUUUCCGACUUGAAGAUCACGUUUGAGAAGGGCGAGCCUUUCAAGCCGUUUGAACAGCUACUAGCAGUCCUCCCGUCAGCCAGUAAACAGCUGCUCCCAGCUCCGUUCCACUCACUCAUGACGCACGAGGAGUCCCCCAUAGUGCACUAUUACCCGCAACACUUCGAGACCGACCUCAACGGGAAGAAGAACGACUGGGAGGCCGUCGUGCUGAUCCCCUUCAUUGAUGAGGUGAACCUCCUAUCAGCUAUGGCGCCCUGCUACCAGCGACUGACGGAUGAAGAGAGAAGGCGCAACUCACACGGACCCAUGAUGGUGUACAACUGGACCGCUGAGAGCAGAGGCCUAGUCCCGGCUCCAGAUUACUUCCCGCCAAUCACGGACUGCCACGCCACAGAGACGCCCGUGUUUAGGGAGGAGUUGGAAGUGCCCCUACAUCUGCUGAAGAAAGGGAUGUUGCCCAACGUGGAACGCGAGAAGGUGUUCCCUGGCUUCCCUACUAUGAGGCAUUUGAAGUAUCGGACGCACAUAAAGAAGAACAAAGUGAAAGUGUUCGACCAGCCGUCCCGCAACGAGAACAUGAUAGUGGAGAUCAUACGGAGCGAGCCCGAGCCGAGCCUCGAGGCGGUCGCUCGACAGAUGCUGGGCCAGCUGAUAUGGGUGCAGUGGCCGCAUCUCACUAGGGCCAAAGUAAUAUCAGUGUCAAACGAGAAGCAGAGGCUCCAUCUAGCGGACAAUAGGAACGGCGCAGUGGACGGUGGCGCCCCCUACACCGUGGAGCUGAACGUGGGCAACCUGCACAAGCAGUGGAUCUCGGAGCGGUCUACGGUUAUUGAACAUAACAUGGGUCGCCUCGGCAUCGAACUGGGCGACGUCAACAUACUCAUCCACGCGGUUAACUUGAAAGGCUACAAAUACCUAAUAGAAGACAACACUCGCAUGGUGCUAGAGCCGGAGUGGUGCUCCGUGAGCUGCGGGCACGCGCUGCAAGCCACGGUGGCCGCGGACCAGGCCCGGACCGCGCAGGCCCCCUGUCGGCUCAGCACACCGCAGGAAGCGUAUCCGCCAGGGCACACGGUGUUUCUGCUCACGCCGACCCAAUACUAUGGACAGUCUGCAAAGGUGAUAGACUCGGAGUCGAUCCGCAGCGGCCGUAUAAAGGUCCUUGUGACGGAGCGGCAGGAGCCUGUCCCCACAGCACGGACCGUCGCCUCGCCGUACAUGAACGCGAACCAUGCUGCGGCUUCUUGCGGUAUAACGACGGCCCUCUUAUCCCGCAUCACGGGCAGUGUUUUCGUGGUGCCGGGCGCGCGGCACUCGCUGCCCACCGACCAGCUCAACAAGACCAACGUCGGACUCAACCUCAAGUUCAACAAGAAGAACAUGGAAGUGUCCGGCUACACCCGCCGCUGCCCGCUGACCUCGGCGUGGCUGUACUCGCGGCGCUGUGUGGCGCUGGUGUCGGACUUCGCGCGGCGGUUCCCGGAACUAAUCGACCAGCUGUCGUCCCUGACUAGGAACGACGUGUUCUUUGAGCAGGAUCUGUGGCCUAAUAAUGUUGGCGAAGGCAAACUGCAAGAGGUGCAAUCCUGGCUCAAAGAACAGCCUCACACUAAGGCUUUAAAACGAGAGUGCGGCUCAGAAGCCCUGGAGGCGUCGGAGAUGAAGCAGCUUUGGGAAUCACUGGAGCCGCAGCUGCAAGCGCUGCAACAGAAACAGGUCACACUGCACGUCAAGUGGACCCUGCUCUAUAAUCCGGACCUCCACUCGGGCAACAUAUCUCCGGACCCGAAGGCAGACUUCAAGCUCUACGACCGAGUCGUCAACGUGACGUCAAACAUAACGGUGCCGUUAGGAGCCACUGGGACCAUUACUGCAGUGUACCGCGCCGCGACUAAUACUGUGCGACUAGCCGACAAACUGAAUGCUGAGCCUAGCUAUCAGAUAAUGUUCGACGAGCCGUUCCCUGGCGGCAUGACUGAGGAGCUGUUCGAAGAACCUCGGUUUUACAGACUGCAGCCCUACAACCUGCUGAACCUGUCGUUCGGGCGCAACCUGCGCAGCCGGUCCACACAGGAGCCCGCCGACAGCUUCCUGCCCACGACCACCCUGCGCCGCGGCCCGCACUCCGCCUUCGCUAGCUACAGUCCCACAAAAGACAGGCAGACGCCGAUAGUAGAACCCAGAAUCACGGCGGAGAGCCGCGCCGCUCCCCGUAUAGCCACCGAUACCCGCGCGACUGCCCGUAUCGCCGAGAAUAAUCACGUUACUGCCCGUAUCGCCGAGAAUAGCCACGUGGCUCCCGCGGCUCGCGUGGCCGAGGACAGUAGCACGGAGCUACUGAAGAGCUUGCUGAAAAUCAGCCAGGAUGAUCCUGAUAAGAAAGUUAAUAAGCCGACGGCACCGGAGCCCCCUAAAAGCUGGCGCUCCCGCAGCGAGGCGCCGCAGCCCGCGCCACCGCCGCCGCCGCAGAUACAGACGCAGAGGCCCCAGAAUACUAACUGGAGGACUGAGAAUAGCACUGCAGUGAACAACAAGGCACAACCGACCAAUGAAUGGGUCAAUAAAAACUAUAAGGGUGCACCCCCCGUGCCUCCGUUCCCCACGUUCGGGCAGCCAUUACAGGGCCCCGGCCCGGCACAAGUACCCUUCCCACAGUUCAACAACCCCCACUUCCAACAAAGAAACCACGACAACUACAACCGACCGCCCCACCAUCAGAACAAUCAUUACAAUAACCCUCACUUUGGAAACCAAAGCACGCCAAACAACCACUUUAACCCUAACAUUCCCAACAAUUUUGCCAACCAAAAUGUAGCCAAUAUUCCUUUUGGAAGCCCAAAUGGUCAGAACAACUUUGGGAAUCAGAAUAGUAACUUUGGCGCUCAGAACAAUCAGUUUGGAGGGCCGAAGGUGAACAACGGGCCGGUGUUUCCCAAACAUCUGCCGGCCGUCAACUCGAGUCUGACGCUGGCGCCGCCCAACUACCAGAAAGGACAGGGAGUGGUGAAUGUAAAGCCAGAGCCGACAGUGAACAGGCAGAACUCUACCUCUUCAGACAAGACGAACAACCCGUUCGUACCACUACAAGUUCAGGCGAGCCAGAGGCGCGGUAACAACCCAUCACACGGUUCCUCGCACCACAGGAGGACCAACAACGACGGACCGACCGCGCAGGAGGCCGGACCAACGCGGACCACGGGCCACCAGAAACCGCAUCAAGAAACGAACGCAUCUUCAAAGCCACAGAGAAAGAGGAAGCCGAGAAUAGCAGCCAACCUCCCGUUCCAGACAGAAUAGAAUAAGUCCUCGUGAUAAUAACAUCAGACUGUAUAGCCCUCAUUCAAGGUAUACUUAUAAUCUUAUAAACAAAACGAAAUUGGCAGAAACUAAGGUAAAAACUUUUAAAAAUAACGUUUCCACUGUGGAAUGUAAUAAUUAAGGCACAUCAUAAAAUUUAGGUUAAUUUUAGUUUUGACAGGUCAAUUUCUCUGUUUCUUCAUUUAAAGUACAAAUAAAAGCCCCGCUAAUUUCUAAAGGCUCGUAUGAGUUUUUUACGUCAACAAAAUAUCAGCAAGUGAGCCUGUUAGGACCGUAGCAGUAUUGGCUAUGAAUUAUUAGUCAUUUGUCCAUUCCUUUUUUGCGGGACUUAUAAGAAAGUAUAAAAAAGUUGACAUAACUUAAAUUUGACAGAUCUAAAUACGUGAAAAUGUAUAAAAUAGAGUGCAUGAAAGGACCGUAUUAAAUUGUAUUAUGGGAGAAGUACAUUUACAUAGUAUUAUAAAAAAUACAUUGAACUACUUGAAAGGGAGAGAUAUUGCAUCAAUUGUGUUAAAUUGAUCGUAAAAACAGAAAAAUCUUUUAAAAUUUGACAAUCAUUUAGUAUAUAUACAUUUACAGUUAAUAUUCGAUUCUGUCUUUAAAAAAAUGAAAACAAAUACGUAUAAGUAUUUAGGGUCUUUUGUAAAUUGUGUAAAUACAAACUGUAAUAAGAAAUUACUCUAAAGAUUUAUAAAAAAACUAUUUUCCUUCCAUUUGAAACUUAAGUUUGACAUGUUCAGUUGUUUGGAAAGUUCCUGUUAAGUCUGUAGAUAUUUUUAAUUUUGAGAUUUAAUGUAAACGGAAGCUCGAACUAUAAUGACUUAGGUUAUAGCCACAGUCAUCAUCUCAUAAUUUAAGUUAUCAAAUAUACUUAUAGUAACUCCUCGUUUAAAUGAAACAAAACUCCUUAAUAGGUACGCUAUGUUCUUUUUACAUAAAGGUACGCGAUUUGUUGUAAAUAGCUCAUAAUAACUUUUAAAGCUACUUUCAUAAGUUGAAUAUUUAUGUCUAUUCUCUGUAACCGACAUAAUUCAAAAGUGUACUUUAAAUGUGAACUGAAUGUUUUUAUUAAAUCAAGUAAGUAGUACAAUAAAGUGACGAUAUGGAACUGAG